AUGUCACCGGUGAAAAUGAAUGUAUUCCUCAAAUUUAUUGGAUUCCUAAAAUGCACAAAACGCCAACUAAAUUCAGGUUUAUCAUCGGGGCACCUAAAUGUGCCAAAAGAAGUUGAGAUAAGUAGAGCUAUGCAGUUACAACUGCAGGGACAUUGGAAUGGAUGGGAGAAUUAUGUCAAAAACAACCUGUCAUGGAAAUCCAUUCUAGCCAUGCCUCCAAACUUGUUGUCUUUCUGUCUUUCCUCUACGUGCGACGUCCUUCCUUCUCCUAGUAACUUAAAGCGCUGGAAAAUUAUGUCAGAAUCCUCUUGCUUUUUAUGUAGAAAGGAGGUGUGCACAACAGCACAUGUCUUAGGAGCCUGUAAGGUUGCCCUGUCGCAAGGCAGGUUUACUUUCAGGCAUGAUUCUGUCCUUUGCGAGCUUCUUUUCCAUCCCAAAAAGUUCUAUUCUGAAGUAAUACCAUCAAAUAAACAGUGUGCCCGCAAAGUACCCUUUGUCAAGGCAGGUACCUACACCUCGGGAAAAAGAUCAAAAUCAACAGGUCUUCUGCACUUUGCCGACGACUGGGUCUUUUUAGUAGACCUAAGCAACGGAUUCGUUUUUCCAGCCCAUAUAGCCAUCAUCUCUUUAAAACCGGAUGUUGUGAUAUAUUCUAACUGUUCUAAGCACGUCAUCCUAAUUGAGCUUACUUGUCCUUGUGAGAAAAAUAUGGAAUCUUGGCACUCCAAAAAGCUUUAUAAAUAUGCUCCACUAGUUGAGGUAAUACGCGGUAACGGGUGGUUGCCAUAUAUAUUUGCCAUUGAGGUAGGUCCUAGAUGGUACUCUUCGAAGUCUGUACCUUGCUGUUUAAAAUCUCUUGCUUUCAGCAGCCGUUCUGCAUUUUCAACUGCACGCAAACCUGGUGAUAUGAGCAUGAAAGGUUCUUUUUAUAUCUGGAUUGCCAGAGCGUCGACACAAUAG